AUGUCGUUCGGGGGAGGAGCAUUUGGUAGUGGCUUCGGCCAACAAAAUAAACCGACGGGAUUUGGAGGAGGUUUUGGUGGCUCAACUACAAACAACAAUACCGGCUCAGUUUUCGGUGCACCUGCUCCCGCUAAUACCGGCUUCGGUGCAAAUAACAACACGGGUGGUGGUAUGUUUGGAGGUGGUGGAGCUUCUUCAGGCUUUGGUGGUAAUACCGGUGCCAGUACUGGUUUCGGAGGGUUUGGAGCAAAGCCAGCAACUACUGGAUUUGGAAGUACAACCGCAACAACAGGUGGUAGUAUGUUUGGAGGUGGUGCCGCGACGGGAACAACUAGUGCAUUUGGCGGUGGUGGAUUUGGGAGUAGCGCUGCGCCCACAACCGGAUUUGGUGCUACCAAUACUGGAGGUGGACUGUUCGGAAAUAAAACUGGCGGCUUUGGAUCUGCUCCUGCUACAAGCACGCCUUCAGCUUUUGGGGGAGGUUCCGGAUUUGGAAGCACUGCAGGAACUGGAUUUGGAGGAGCUGCUGCAAGUACCCAGUGCGAAGGCACCCAAGCCGUCCCCUUUACAGCAUUUGUCGAGAAGGAGCCAAAUUCCUCUAUGCAGAACGCAUACCAAAGCAUAUCCUUUCAACAACCCUACAAAAACUUUACGCCCGAGGAACUUCGAUUGGCCGAUUACACCAAGGGUUUGAGAUAUAAUCAAAACCAAGGUGGUGGUGCAUUUGGCACAAACACAAACUUCGGCGGAUUUGGUAGUUCCAACCAAGCUUCAACGGGAGGUUUUGGUUCUACAAAUAACGCCACGACAGGUUCAACCAUGUUUGGUGGCGGAUCAACAGGCACGGGUUUCGGUACAAGUCAACCAGCUAGCACAGGUUUUGGUUCGAACACCGCUACAGCUGGCGGCGGACUCUUUGGUGCCGCAAAACCCGCGACUGGUGGGCUCUUUGGUGCUCAACCCCAAGCACAGACUGGUGGUGGAUUAUUUGGAUCGACUACCAACAAUCAAAGCACCGGAGGAUUUGGUUCCACAGCUGGUGGCUUUGGAUCUACCAAUACCAACACUGGAGGGGGUCUCUUUGGCAAUAACAACAACAACGCCGCUGCAGCAAAACCUGCCUUUAGCUUUGGCAACACGCAACCAGCAGCCACCACCGGAGGCUUUGGCUCAACGGGAGGUGGAUUUGGAGCGACCAAUACAAACACUGGAGGAGGUCUCUUUGGAAAUACUCAACAGCAGCAAAAUACAACAACUGGAUUUGGUGGCGCCGCUCAACAACAACCAGCUACAACUAAUGCUUUUGGAGGCGGCUUUGGAUCUACUAACACCAACACUGGUGGAGGUCUUUUUGGAAAUACCCAACAAAAGCCAGCUACCACUGGCCUUUUUGGCGCGCAACCCGCUGCUUCAAAUACUGGAGGAUUAUUCGGCUCGCAACCAGCAGCUACAAACAAUAGUCCUUUUGGUGGUGCAAAUAAUACCAACACCGGAAGCAGUCUUUUCGGUGCCAAACCAGCUGCUACAGGCGGUCUCUUUGGCCAGCCUGCAGCUCAAGCCAACACUGGCACAAGCGGCUUAUUCGGUGGUGGUGGUGGUUUUGGUGCUUCAAAUCAAAACAAUCAACCCCAGCAAAGCUCCGGCCUCUUUGGUGCUAGUCUCGGAAACAAUGCCAACCAGCAGAAACCUGGCGGAUUGUUCGGUCAGUCUCAGCAACAACAAGGGUCGAGCUUGUUUGGUAACACUGGGACCCAGCAGCAGUCAAAUUUGUUUGGUUCAUCAACACUUGGCCAACAGCAGCAGCAACAACCUGCUCAACCCCAAGGUUCCAUCUUUGGAACAGGUUCCAUCUUCAACACAUCACAACAGGGACAAGGCCCACAAUCUCUCAGCACUAGUCUUAACGAUUCUAAAGCUUAUGGCACUCAGUCUAUGUUUGCUGACAAGGAUAAGACUAAUUCAGAACGUCUCCAGAACCCUGGACCUCUCGCAACCCCAUUGUCAAGUGCUAAUAGACAAAAGAAGGCAGCUGCUCUUCCGUUGUACAAGCUAAACUCAUCUGGUUCUUCGCGAUUCAACACUCCUAGCAAAUCUCUUCGUGGAGGUUUCGGUUUAUCUUACACCCCAGGAAGCGUCUCGACUGCAGGAAGCACUCCUUCGAUGUUCAGCAGCAGCUUACUGAGUGGCAACCGAGCGUUGAGCAAGAGUAUGUCUAGUAAUAGCCUUCGUCGCAGUUUCCACAGCGAUGAUAGCAUUUUAGCACCAGGCGCAUUCUCGUCUAGCACCAGCACAACCUAUGCAAGCGGCGGAAGCUUCAAGAAGCUCAUUAUCAACCGCAAUGUCCGCUCCGACCUUUUCAAGAACCCUGUCACUCCAGAUCAUCCUGCCGAAUCUCCUAACAAGUCGAUUAUUAAGAAGCAGGUCACUUUCGAGACACCAGCAUCGUCACCCAACGCCAGUGUCAAUGGUAGCGUCAACGGUACCCCCAAUGGUUCGGCCAACGGCACUGCUAACUCCAAUGGAACCGCAUCUGCUAGCCCAUUACACCCUGUUAACAAUAGUUCUGUGCAGAGCCCUGAUCUUACCUCACCUGAGAUGACAGAAGUCAACAAGAACAAGCAACUCGCCAUCGUCAAUGAGAAGCAGUCCAAGUCUCCUAAAUCUCCUCGUGAUUCCUCUCUCGGCGACUACUGGAUGACGCCUUCAAGGGAAGAAAUUGAAAAUAUGACUCGUGCCGAACGUCAAAAGGUACACAAAUUUACAGUCGGUCGUGAGGGCGUUGGUUACAUUCAAUUCGGUGAUGUAGUCAAUCUCAAUGGCAUCAAUCUUGAUGAUAUCUUUGACAGGAUCGUUAUUCUUGAAACUAGACGCGCUGAAGUUUAUCCAGACAACGCACCUGUCCAAAAACCUCAGGUUGGGUCCGGACUUAACGUCCCGUCUACCAUUACCCUCUUUAAUUCGUGGCCUCGCAAUACCUCUAAGAGAGGAGUUGAUGAUGCACGCUUGAAGAAACAUAUCAAGAAGCUGAAGACUGUAGAGGAUACCGAAUUCGUGAGUUACAAUACGGAUGAUGGAACUUGGGUGUUCAAUGUUGCACAUUACACGGUUUAUGAACUUGAUUAUGGAGAUGAGGAGGACGACGAUAUGGAGGUCGAAGAAGAAGAUGGUGGCGACUUUGGCAAUAGUACUCUCACUGCUCCUCCAGACACACCAACUCCGCGAACUCGUACACCAAAGGCCACCCCUCAAUACUUCGAUGAGUCCUUUGCGUCUGAUAUGGAUUUGACACAAACAGAGUCAGAUCCUGAGGACACAUUUGAAUUUAGGAAGAAAAAGAUCCUUCCAGGCGCAUUCGAUGACGAGGAGGUUUACUCAGAUGAAGAAGUCGCGGAUAGCACAUUUGUUCAAAACCAGGAGUCUUUUUUAGAUAAUCGCUCCGUGGGUUCACAGUCAGAAAGCGGCGUCGAGGAACCAAUUGACCAAGACGACGUCUACGAGGACGAUGAAUCUGUCAGUAUCGUGGAUCAAGAGAUGGCGGGCUCUUUUCCAGCAACUGGCAAUACCGCGGAGCAAAUGGAGGACUCGCAAGAAGAAGAUGAUACGGUUGAAUUUGGGACACCUGGUGCAAUUGUGAGAGCUAGAGCAAGAGCGCAAAAAUUGGACACACCAUCCAAGCUCCGAUUUCCAGCUGCAAAUGACUGGGCGGCUACAUUGAGAGCAACUGCCAGCCCCAAGAAACAGGAUCGUGCCGUUUUGAAAAGUCUUAUUGAUGUCCACGGAAACGAAAAGCAGUCUGUCUUGGCACAAACUGAAGUUCCAACAACUAACAAGGGCUUUUCAAACACAAACGGAUUUGCAUCGUUUAUGGAUGUUCACAAUGACUUGUUUGGAAAGGUCGCAAGUCCUAUCAAGGCUUCCAAUUACAAGAGGGGCGAUAAUUUUGAGAAACCUUUUAACAAGAAAUCCAAAAUUGGUGAUGACGAAUCUGAAAUGCCAGAAGAGGAUCGUGCGUUUCACGACUCUGUUAAACCAAGCUGGGGCCCAGAUGGAACCUUGGUAUAUGCCGCAUCUGCCGAUUCCAAACCAUUUACCAAAUCGCGUCGAGCUCGUGAGAAGGAUGGUCUGCUCACGAUUCAAAAGAGUGGUAUUGCUGAAGCUAGUAAUAUCCGGUUCGCUAAAUUUUCCAAUGAGUCUUCAGCGGAUGCACUUAAGAAGCACCAAUCUUUGACGGUCAUCGAGAAUUACGAUGGUGUUCCUUACGCAUCAUUACCAGAGACAUAUUCCUUCCUAGACUUCUUCGACGAACGAAAUGUUCGAGAUCCAUCAGUAGCUCAUGAAAAGCUCGUCUGGGAACUUGCCAGCAUUCUUUUUGACCAUAUUGAAAUUCCUCAAGAACUGAAUCACAUUGAAAAUGCAGUUGAGCGCCUACGCAAAGACAAAUUGUCUACAUUUUGGCAAAAUUUAGUUGCACAGGCAUCAUCUCAACAUGUUGCAAUGGCUAGAUCCUGCGAAGAGAAAGCGAUCGCCUCUUUGUCCGGUCACAAGAUUCCAGAGGCUUGUGGACAUCUUAUCAAUGGUAAGAACUUCCAUUUGGCUACACUUAUUGCAAUGAUUGGUGGCAAGGAAAGUAUCAAGAAAGACAUGCGCGAGCAGUUAUUACAGUGGCGAAACACAAAAGCUCUCUCUGAGUUUAGUCAGCCAAUCCGUGCUCUCUACGAACUUCUUGCUGGAAAUGUCUGUUACUGUGAAGGUAACAAAGCACCUCAUAUGGAAGAUCGUAUUGAAGACUUCAUUAUUUCGAAACGUUUCGGGCUAGAUUGGCGGCAAGCAUUUGGCUUGAGAUUGUGGUACGCAAUCAAGGCAAAUGAGGAGCUCGAUGUCGCAGUCAAAAUCUUUGACAAAGAAAUGGCAGAAAAAGAGACAUCCAGACCUCACGCUUGGUACGUCGAACAGAAGAUUCCUAAAUUAUGGCAAGACGACCAGCUUCAUGAGCGCGAGGAUCUUCUUUGGGGUCUAUUGAAGUUGUAUACCUACGACAACGCUGACCUCGAGGCUAUUCUACGACCUGAGAAUUCACAACUAUCGCCCUUGGACAUGCGCCUUUCGUGGCAACUGAGCCGGGCCAUAACUUCUUUUGGUGCAUUGGAUUACCAAGGCACCGCCGAAGAGAAGAAAGACCAGACUACCUUGGCUUUUGCCUCUCAGCUCAAUAAUGAAGGAUACUGGCUCGAUGCAGUAUUUGUUCUGCUUCACUUGUCGUCGACCAACGCUCGUGCAAAAUCCAUCCAAGAUCAUCUUGCUCGACAUGCUGCGAAGAUCGGAUCUGAAGAUAGUCAGAGCUUCAUUACCUUGGUACAGCAUUACAAAAUUCCAGCAUCAUGGAUAUGGGAAGCGAAGGCAUUGUACACUCGAAGUGUCAGGAAGGAUCCAUUAAGCGAAGUCGAAUUUCUGACUAAAGCCGGAUUGUUUGAAGAAGCUCACCGUACGUUUGCAAAGGAAGUUGCCCCAAAGGCAGUUAUCGAAUUCGACUAUGCUACACUUCGCAAUAUUCUUGCCAGCUUUGCGGGCAAGGAGGAUGCUAUCUUGGAGUGGCAUCUUGGAGGCGAGAUUUAUCAGGACUUCCUCACUUUACUUGAAUUCCAAAAGAAGAGCCAAGAACUCGACCUUGCAGUAUUGGACAGAUUGUUGGCAGGGUUACCGGCUGUCGUGGAUGAAUCGCGCCACCCCGCUUUUAUGGAGACAGUGGCAAUUGAGACUAUUAGUGGAUUGGUGGCAAAAGCGGUGGUGGACAUGGAGAAGAAGGGCGAGAAUGUGGAUUUACCGAAGGUUUUGAGACUGCCCCUCACAGAAGACAGAUACUUGAAGCACACCAUCGAUCUAAGUUUGGGAUACUACAGAAGUGUAAUGGCUGGUGGAAGAUGA